AAUGUCGAAUAUAUCGACGGUUCUGCUGAUCAGAGCGAACUUUUCCUACAGCGCGCGAUUCCUCUUCGGUCGCUCCAACCGCCAUGCCACGCCGUCACCACCGCUAUGCCGAGAACAACGAUAACAAGAAUGCAUCCAUCCGUGCGGGAAGAUCGACGGACGGCGUGAAAAGUUCGGUCCGCUCAGCUGGUCGAGUUGUGGAGCACAGAGUCCCUGGUGGUGUUCUAUUCCUUGUUUGAUCUCCCAUUCUAGUGAGCCAUGAAUAUCGCUUCGGGAUCCGCGGCCAUUUUGGAUCUCAAGGCCGAGCUCCUCCGCAAGUACAACAAUGUGAAGAAUAAAAACAACUCGGAAAAGAUCGAGCCCUUCACUGUCAGGAAAGGUGGCUUCAAAGUUGAAUUACGAAAACCGAAAGUGAGGGAAUCGGAACACGUUCCACCCGCAGACGACGGCGAGGAGGAGGCGCUAAAUGAAUCGAGACGCCGUCUCGAAGAGAAAGCUCGACUAUACGAUGCGAAGAAGGCCGAGGCGUGGACGGAGGAGACCGAGGACUCUCUGAUCGACUUCAAUCGGAAGAGGAAACUGGAACAGAAGCAUCUUCAAGAGGCCAACGAGGACAGUUCAGACUCGGAUAGCGAAUGGACAACCUUCGAGGAUGCGCUGGGGAGGACUAGGAAAUGCCUCAAGAUUGAUCUGCCGCAUUAUCGGAACGAAGACAUGAAACUCACAGAGUCGUUGAAAUCUCAACGACCCGGAAGUCAGACCCCUGAAGCUCCAGCCUCCGACCCGUUCGUCAAUAUCCCGCUGCCGGAGGGUCCGCCUGUGGAGGCGACAGAUCCAGCAGAGGAUCCUGGGAAACAAGAGCGGCUCCAGAAAUGGGACGAAAUUGAGCAACAGAACAACUCAAAAGAGCAUCUACAUUAUCGAGACGUCCUCUUCGAUGAAAUCAGGGAGCACGGGCAGGCCCAUUUCGAGUUCUCAAGAGACGAGACGGAACGAGCUCAUCAGAUGAAGAUCCUCGAUAAGCUGCGAGACGAUUCCACCAGAGCUCAGCGAAUGGCUCAAGAGAUCAAAAAGUCCAGAGAAAAGAUUCGGAAGGAACGUAUGAACAAGAUCCGACUUCGAAGAGGUCUAGCGCCGGAACCCGACGAGCCCAUUGAGCCAACGCCGCCGCCUCCGCCUCCCCCGCCUCCACCAUCUCAGCCCUCGCUGCGACCGACCCACUCGACGUCGCACAUCCGACCUUGGGACGAGGGCAAGGAAGUUCAUGGAGUGCCCAUAAGAUUACCGCCUAAGAGGGACUACUUUGAGGAGAAACGCGAGGAGAGACCUGCGGAAUUUGCUCCACCAACCUCCUACAACGAUCGUUAUGGUAGAGCAAGGAGCGAUAACAGGAAGAGGGAGGACGACGUCAGCGAGUUCUUAAGGAACAUCAGGGAAAACAUAUGAGCGCGAGCGUGCAGAGCAAUGCAGCGACUGUAGCGAUUGUACAAAGAAUGUGAAUAUCCUCGGAGAUGUUAAUGAAGCGAAAUGAAAGGAAACCUCGGACACAAUUAUUCGAGUAAGAGAUCUUCGUGCUUUUGUGCACAGAAGUACCGAACGAAGCUGACUCGAAGAGCACAAGCUUCGUGGGGCUUCCAAGGACCCUUCCUGAGGUUCCACUACUAUUCCGAGCUAGCUGUAGUUCCGAGUCAUCUCG